AUGAUGACAGCGGAGCCGUUUCGUCUUCUUUUGCUGCCCUGUGUGAUAAUCUGCAGCGGCGUGCUAUGUGCACACUCGCUCUACAAGAAUCGCUACGCCGGCGAUCAGGUCUUCAGGAUAACACCAAGUAAUGAGGAGGAGGUGUGCACGCUAAGGAACAUACUGCAAAGCAUGAAGGUGGACCUCUGGCAGCCCAACAGCAUAUCCCUGAUUAGCCGUAAUGCUACGGUGGACGUGCACAUUAAACGCAGAGACACACGACGACUACAUGUUAUCUUAAAGCAGGAACGCAUACAGUAUAGCGUUUUUAUCUCUAAUCUGCAGCAGGAAAUUGAAAAGCAGUCGAGACGUCGCUCGUCUCGCAAGCGCAGGUCGGAUGUUCAGUACGACUAUGAGGUCUACCACUCUUUGGAAGAGAUCCAAAGGUGGAUGUUUGACAUGAACGCAACUCACUCUGACCUGCUUGACAUGUUCCUCAUUGGGAAGUCGUACCAAGGACGACCCUUAUAUGUCCUUCAGCUAGGAAAGAGAAGUCGGCCACAGAAAAAAGCCGUUUGGAUCGACUGCGGUGUCCACGCCAGGGAGUGGAUAGGCCCUGCUUUCUGUCAGUGGUUCGUCAAAGAGGCGCUGAAUUCGUACCAGUACGACUCAGGGACAAGGCGGCUGCUUAACCAGCUCAAUUUUUACAUCAUGCCUGUCUUCAAUGUGGAUGGAUACCAAUUCAGCUGGACGACGGAUCGCUUCUGGCGAAAGACACGAUCCAAAAAUCGAAAGUUCCACUGUAGGGGAGUGGAUGCCAACAGGAACUGGAAAGUCAAAUGGUGUGAAGAGGGGGCUUCUUCCCACCCCUGCGACGACACCUACUGCGGACCCUAUCCUGAGUCAGAACCAGAGGUCAAAUCUGUCGCCAAGUUCCUGCGCAAGCACAAGAAGCGCGUCAAGGCCUACAUCUCAGUACACGCGUACGCCCAGAUGCUCCUCUACCCAUAUUCGUACAAAUACGCGGCUAUCCCCAACUUUAACUGUGUGGAGUCGGCAGCACACAAUGCGGUAACAGCUCUAUACUCAGCUUAUGGAAUCAAGUAUAGAUAUGGACCUGCUUCAACAACAUUAUACGUCAGCUCAGGGAGCUCCAUUGACUGGGCCUACAGAAACGGGAUCCCAUACGCGUUCGCUUUUGAGCUUCGGGACACGGGCUAUUAUGGCUUCUUGCUACCAGAGACCCUCAUCAACCCCACGUGCACCGAGACCACGCGGGCAGUGAAGGCCAUCGCGGCGGGCCUUCUGAAAAAGUGCCAAACAGAUGUUGAAGCUUUCCCGUACAUGUGA